GCCUUGAAACAGCAGCAGCAGAAGCAGCAGCAAUGCAGAGCAGGCAUGCCCGUGUCGUCUAGUCAGCACGUCCUUCUGAAGGCCGUCAAGGCAGCCGGUGACUCCACUCCUGCAAAGUCUGCUUGGGAAGGAAAGCAGUCAGAUGGACGGUCAGGCAGCCCUCAGAACUCCACCUCCAGCUCCUCUCCCUCUGUUAAGCUUGAUAACUCCUUGCCAGGACUGGGGAAGAAACCAUUCCAGAGAUCUGACAGGCUCCAUGCAAGGCAGCUGAAGAGAACAAAGUGUGCUGAAAUUGAUGUGGAAACUCCUGACUCCAUCCUCGUGAACACGAACCUGCGGGCGCUGAUCAACAAGCAUACAUUCUCUGUCCUGCCUACAGAAUGCCAGCAGCGCCUGCUGCUGCUGCUGCCGGAGGUGGACAGGCAGGUUGGGGCGGAUGGUUUGAUGAAGCUGAGCGGCUCUGCGCUCAACAACGAGUUCUUCACUUCAGCUGCCCAAGGCUGGAAGGAGAGGUUGUCAGAAGGGGAGUUUACACCAGAAAUGCAGCUCAGAAUACGUCAGGAAAUAGAAAAGGAAAAGAAGGUCGAGCUGUGGAAGGAACAUUUUUUUGAGAGCUACUAUGGUCAGAGUUCUGGACUAAGUCCUGAAGAGUCCAAGAGACUGACAGCAAACACCAGCCCUGCUGAGCCAGAGACUGAAAAUCGAGCAGCUGAACAGCCACAGUGCACGCCAGCCUCUCUGGCACCGCUCAAAGAGGAGCUCACUGCUCUGUCAGAGUCUAAAGCACAAGCAGCCCAGGAAGCACCAGCAAUGAAGAGAGGAGGAGAGGAGAGAAGAGAGGACACGCAGCCCAAACCAGCCAAACCCGCAGAGGCAUUGGUUUCCCCAGCUGGGUGCGCAGUGAAACCCAGCGACCGUUCUCUCCCUGUAAAAGAGAGAGUCCAAGGAGAACCCAUCCAGGAGAAACCACCCACUGCUGUUAGUCAAAAGCCCGAAGAGGAGCGAAAGCACGCUGCGUCGAAGGAAGCGCUAAUGAAAGAGACUGUCAGUACCUCGGGUCUGGCCCCGAGUAAACCAAAGAGCCCCGAAGCAAGUGAAGUAGUAGCAAACGUGAAAAAUCCUGUGAUUACUCUAGAAAAGAAGUCCCCUGCAAAUGAAGAAAUGGAAAUCAGUGUUGAAGCCCCUAAGAGGAAGUCAGAGAGUCGCGAAGAAGCUGUAACCACUCCUGAAAAGAAGCCACGCAUCAUGGAGCCCUGUCAGCACCACCAGGCGUUUCGCACCCAGCCACAGUCCUUUCCCGCGGCGGGGACCCCGGUGCCACGGGUACCCCCACUCAAGAUUCCCUUUUCCAGAAUCUCCCCAAUGCCAUUUCCUGCGGGCCAGGUCUCUCCCAGGGCACGUUUCCCCUUCUCACUCACCAGUCCGGGAAGAACAGGAGCCAGAACUCUGGCAGACAUCAAGGCAAAAGCCCAGCAAGCCAAG